CUUUGGAAAAGCGCUUGAGAACAUCCCGAAGUGAUUGGAGGAGCGGGAAAACCCUUCCCCCCUGCACCUGACUAGUGGGUAUUUACAGCAGUUUUGAAGGCGGCUCUGCGCUGCCACUGCAGGAGCGGAGUGGAUGGGCUGCGCGGGGCGGGCGGCGCGGCACGGACCGAUGCGCUCGCAGUGAUCGCCUGCGCCGCGCAGCAGCCGGGGAGCGCCGCACCGAGCCGCGAGGAGAGCCAGCCUGGCGCGAGGGGACACCCUGCUGCCAAAAUGCCACGCUCCUUCCUGGUCAAGAAGCAUUUCAAUUCAUCCAAGAAGCCGAAUUACAGCGAGCUGGACACUCACACAGUGAUUAUAUCCCCAUACCUGUACGAAAGCUAUCCAGUCCCUAUCAUACCACAGCCAGAGAUCCUGAGCUCAGUAGCUUACAAUCCCAUUACUGUGUGGACUACAACCGGGCUGCUACCAUCUCCAUUACCCAACGACCUCUCUCCGCUUUCCGGAUACCCCUCAUCUUUGGGAAGAGUCAGCCCACCUCCACCUUCUGACACCUCCUCCAAAGAUCACAGCGGUUCAGAAAGUCCCAUUAGUGAUGAAGAAGAGAGAAUCCAGUCCAAGCUUUCAGACCCCCAUGCAAUUGAAGCUGAAAAGUUUCAGUGCAGUUUGUGCAACAAGACCUAUUCAACUUUCUCUGGGUUGGCCAAACAUAAGCAGCUGCACUGUGAUGCCCAGUCUAGGAAAUCCUUCAGCUGCAAGUACUGUGACAAGGAGUAUGUCAGCCUGGGAGCUCUUAAGAUGCACAUCAGGACCCACACACUACCUUGUGUCUGCAAGAUCUGUGGCAAGGCUUUCUCUAGACCCUGGCUGCUUCAAGGACACAUUAGAACUCACACUGGAGAGAAGCCGUUUUCCUGUCCUCACUGCAACAGGGCUUUUGCAGAUAGAUCCAAUCUGAGGGCUCAUCUGCAGACCCACUCGGAUGUGAAGAAAUACCAGUGCAAAAAUUGCUCCAAAACUUUCUCCAGAAUGUCUCUUCUUCACAAGCAUGAGGAAUCUGGCUGCUGUGUAGCACACUGAGUCAUGCAGUCAGUGUUUACCUGGACUUGAUGCAUUUCUCCAACCCUGUUCCAAAUGAUAAGUGGAAAUCCAAAGGCGUUUUCUUGCCUACUUUUCAAGCAAAAAAGACCAAAACACUACGAAACAAGUAAACAAAAAAAAACCAAAUAGUGAAAGAACUUAGAAUGUCAGUAGAAAUGAGUUUUAAGUAGUUUUUGUUCCAUCACACUUUCACGUUCUUGAGUUCUGAAACAUGGGGAAAGACACCAUGCAUGACAUUUCAAGUAGAUAUAAAGGAAGAAGCAUUAUCAGCUUUCUCUAUAGAUGAAGCCAAAUGUAUGUCGUCUUUUCUUGCUUAGAAAAGGCUACAAAGUUAACAAUACACUCCUGCCAGCCAUUUCAACCAAAGAAACAGUAUUUUAAGUGGAACUUUUAAUUAAAAAUACUACCCAAGUGAAUUUUGCUAGACACCAUUUAUCUCAGGUGCCUUUAAAAAGUAUUCUAAGUUUACCUUAGUAAAUGUUUAAUAUUAUUCAUUGCUGUGUUUUUUAUUUUAUUUUAUUAAGAGCCAAGGCCUUCAUUAAUGAACUGAAAUGCUUUAAAACUGCAUAAUUAAGAGAAGAAAAAAAAAUCUAAGAAUGUACAAAAAAUCAAAAGCCACAAACUAACCGCAUGUGCCUUUUUUUAUAAAAAACCAAAAACUGUAGCUUCAAACAUUCCUGGUGCAUGCUUGACCAUCUUUUAAUAUGGAAUAGUUCCUCUAAACCUUAAUUUUUUAAAAAAAAAACGGGAAUAAGUGCAAGAGAGGGGAUUCAUGGGAGUUUGACAAUUAUUUUUUUUAAUGCACAAAGGAAAUGCAAUAUUUUCAGCAUUACCCCUCCAAGUGCCUUUUUUAUUGAUGAUUUUGUAAAGUAUGUGGAUAUAAUGUAAAUAUUUUUAUUUUUAUAUGAUUGAAUGUGUUAUGAAUGAAAGUGAAUUGUUGCCUAUAGCAGCAUCUAUAGAUAACUUGAAGAAAGUGUGAAGUGAAAUUUAUGUUUUUUUCUAGACACUUUUUUACAAUAAACAUUUUAAAGUAAGAUUUCUGUUGUUUGUUCUAAUUAAAGAAAACGGCCAUUUCUGGUUUAUCAAGGCUUUGGAACAGAUUAAAGUUCAAGUGUCCUUACGUGACCAAAUGAAGAUAACAUGAAUUUCAGAUGCUAAUCUUAGUUCACAAGUACUGAACAUUAGAAUAUAUCCAUUGCACUUUAAGACAUUUAAAACCAUAGAGAGCAUUUUUCCAGAGUCACUGAUUUAAAAUACUUUUGCUCUUUUGUUCUUUGUAACAGUAUGACAACAUUGUGAAAUACAUUACACCAAAAACAUUUAAAAGAGACCUGUGUUUUAGCAGUUGAAAUGAUGCUAUCAUUAUAGUACUUUUUCUGAGACUCUGACAUUAGGAAAUCUGGACCCGAUCCAAAGUUUAUUAAAGUCAGUGGAGCUAUACAGGAGCUCAGCAACAUUUGCAUGAUGCUCUUUUAAAGUAGUAGUCAAGUCAUAGUAUGAUAUGCUUUAUAUAGCCAUUUCAGAAACUUUAAUAAAAAUAUUUUAAUCUUUCUUACGUAUCAGAACUGCCAAGUGAAAGUAUAGUGACUGUCUAUCAGCUAAUAUAUCACAGGAAAAAUUAAUCAGUAAAAAAGCAUAGAAUUAUUUUUCUGCUGAUGAUUUGACUAAGAAGUCUAAGAUCAGAACUCUAUAAACUCAUUACAUCAAAAAAUCAUUUCUCAUCAUUACUGACUAUUGCAACACUAUUUUCAAUUUUUAACAAAGUGCAAAGCUAGAAAACAGAUAAGCACUAGCUGGCAUCCAGCCUAAAGAUUGCUGUGUCUACAUUAGGGUACCAGCAGGAGCAAGUAAUAGCAAAACCAGAAUUCCAACAAUUUAACAAGAAUAAUACUGAUGGGUAAAUACAAGGUGGGCAUUUUACAAAAUAAAACGAGUACAUUUCAGCAAAAUAGUGCAACAGACCAUGUGUGCCUUAUGUCUCCUCCAGCUAAGUCCUGCAAAGGAGUUCUUCACCAGGACUGCACUGGAGUAACAUAGGCAAUAAGCACAUGACAGAAUUUUUGAACUUUUUCUCCAUGGAAAGAAUGAUGCUGAAGAAAGAUCAGCUCAAAUAAUGCUUUUUGUAUUCUCCAAGCAUCAUUAAAAUCUCAAGGUUUUAAUGAUUCCCUAGGAUCUGCUAGAUUUUUUUUCAGGAAAUAGCUAGAGAGUUCAAGAAAGAUAGGGUUAGUGAGAAUUUGUUAGGCAACAUUUUGAAAUGAACACAUGAAGGCAUCUAAUACCCUUGAAAAGUUUCAUGUGGUUGCUCUAUUAAUUUGCACUUCCAUGUCAUUCGCUUUGAAGUUCCUAGGCUCUAGCAGCUCUUUGUGCAUCUUUCUCUUCCCAGAGCAAAGUUUGCUAGAGUAUGAGUAAAGUUCUGGCAGUCAACAGCUAUUUGUAUUGUCAAAGUUCUAGGUUUGCUCUCCUGUGUCAUGUCACAAAGGCAUUUCCAUUGUUUUAAUUCACACUUAAAAUUCUCUACACCUACAGUAAAUAAAAUAGCAUAAGAGCUUGAGUUCUUGAAUGAGUGGAAAUGUUACUGUUGUCCUUAAGGGAAAUCAGAUGAAAACUUCAUCAAAAUACAGUAUGCUAAACCAAACACAAGUGGAACUUGUCUGAUUUGGAGAUGACAAUUAAGAUAUGCUACUUUGCAUGCCUGUAACACCUGUACUCAUAAAACACAAAGAUGGGAAAGGCUAGAAGCUCUUCUGGCUUGUCUCUUUAAUUGAAACAGAGUGCUCUAUCAGAGAUCCCUAGCCCUCUGUCCAGUUGCAGCAUAAACUUCCCAGGCAGCUGAAUUGCUCUGCUUUUCCUGUGAGACUGCUUUCUAUUUGCUAUCAGGAUGUUUCCCCAAAAAAUUUUCCAUUAACGUCUUCAUCUCUUUACCCGAGAAAUACUCUUCUGCACCUGCACAAGCUAUUUAUCAGUGUAAAUUAAAUUCUGUUCUGAGCUGCUGGUUGAUGACUCCUUUGACAUUCUUGAAAAAUGAUGGAAAUCUCCUUCCGUGUUAGAUCUACACGUUGAAUCUCUUUGGUCAUUGCUACAUUUCUCAGGAAACAUCUUUCAUUCUAUAUCCAAAUAUCAACCUUUUAAAUCUUCAGAAAACAUGCUCCCUGUGCUCUGAAUAGCUUCAUUGCUCUUUUCUGAAAUCAGUCACUAUUUUUUUACUUUUAAUUUUUGGCACCAGUGCUAAAUGUAAUUAUUUUCAGUGUAAAGUUAAUCUAUCAAAAGACCAGUUUCUCCUCUAAAGGUACCUGCAUAAAGACACCCUAUAUACAAUGUGAUUCAUAGGUUUUUUUAGCUCUUCACUAAUGAGUUGUUUAAAAUCAGUAGAUCUGGGG